AUGAGAUUGAAGAAAGCAGCAGCAUUUUCAGCUCAAUGGGAAUCGAUCGAUCGGCGGAGGAAGGAAAUGGUGAUAAUACUGUGUGCUGGAAAUGGCGGGAGAAAUGAGAGUCGCAAAGCAGAAGAAGAAGACACAGAAGAAGAAGAUGCAGAGUCGUCUGAGCAAUCGGAGCUGAAGCUCAAAUCAAUUACCCCAUUGGGGCUUCCUGGAAGCAAUAGGCCAUCGAUUUCGAUUAUCAGAACGAAAACCCCCAUCGAUUCCUCUGUCUUUCCUACUUCAUCCUCGCAACCAACCCUAGUUGACGGAGACCGAUCAAUAGACAGGUGUGGCGAGAAUCGGUUCUCGAGUCUAACAGAGGGUUUAGAAACGGUUGCCGCCGCCGAUUUCCGAAUCUCCCUCCAAUACUCCGACUGCCACCGUCUCACCUCCAACCUCUCUUCUCAGCUUAUUGCCAAUCUCUCCGGGAAAAGGUCGGCGGCGGCGGCCGUGGUGUUCAAUAUGGCAAGUCGACCGGAGAAUCUCGCCCCACCAGAAAUCUUCUACAACGACGCCGAAGCUCGUAAAUACACAUCCUCGUCGCGUAUCAUCAACAUCCAGUCGAAGCUUUCAGAGAGAGCACUGGAGCUUCUAGCUUUGCCUGAUGAUGAUGUUCCGAGAUUGCUUCUUGAUAUCGGUUGUGGUUCAGGGCUUAGUGGGGAAACAUUAACUGAGAACGGGCAUCAAUGGAUUGGUCUAGACAUUUCGCCAUCGAUGCUUGACAUUGCAGUGGAGCGAGAAGUUGAAGGAGAUCUCAUGCUACACGACAUGGGCCAGGGCUUGCCAUUUAGGCCUGGAACUAUUGAUGGUGCCAUUAGUAUCUCAGCUGUUCAGUGGUUAUGCAAUGCAGACAAAUCAUCUCAUGAGCCGAGGAAACGGCUGAAGGCAUUCUUUGGAUCAUUGUAUAGAUGCUUAGCAAGGGGAGCGAAAGCAGCAUUUCAAAUGUACCCUGAGAACAUGCACCAGCGAGAGCUGAUACUGAAAGCGGCUAUGCAAGCUGGAUUUGCCGGUGGAGUAGUUGUUGACUACCCACACAGUACCAAGAGUAGAAAAGAGUUCUUGGUCCUCACCUGUGGGCCGCCAUCAGUUAACACAGCUGUUCCGAAAGCAAAAGGGGAAGAGGGAGAGAGCUGCUCAGAAGAUGAAAGCGGUGAUGACGACGAUGAAGAGCACCAAACAGUGAGCAUCUCGGACAGGCACAGACCGAAGAAAAGGCAGAAAACAGGGAAGAAAGGGAAAGGAAGGCAAUGGAUAUUGAAGAAAAAGGAGCAGAUGAGAGGUAAAGGACAUAAUGUUCCACCUGAUACAAGAUACACUGAGCAUCAGUUCACAAUGAAGUACAUGAGAACAAACAGCUUGAAGUUGAAGCGGCUCUUCUCAUUAGUCCGCCGAACCGUCGAAGAAGAAGAAGAAAGGAUAAUCGGGAAUGAAGAUGGAGACCCAAUUCGCCGAAUCAAAGAGCAGUACAUCGCCACUUCUCCAAGACCACCCACUUGGAAAUGCUUCUCUUACGACGAAAUAACACUCGCCACCAAUGCCUUCCACCCAGAUAAUUUGGCGGGGAAAGGAGGGUAUGCGGAGGUUUACAGGGGAACCAUGCCGGGGACAGGGGAAGUUGCGGUGAAACGGCUGACGAAAUCGUGCACCGACGAGAGGAAAGAAAGAGACUUCCUGAUGGAGAUUGGAACGAUCGGCCAUGUCAACCAUCCAAACGUCCUUCCUUUAGUUGGUUGCUGCAUCGACAAUGGACUUUACCUCAUUUUCCAGUACUCCUCCAUUGGCACCGUAGCUUCUCUUCUCCAUGGGGAGAAUUGGGGAGAGUUGAAUUGGCGAAGAAGGCACAAGAUAGCGAUUGGGACAGCAAAAGGGAUCGAUUAUCUCCACAAGGGAUGCCAAAGAAGAAUCAUCCACCGGGACAUCAAAUCGUCUAAUGUUCUAUUGACGGAAGAUUAUGAACCCAUGAUAUCCGACUUCGGGCUGGCGAAAUGGCUGCCAACGCAAUGGUCUCACCAUUCAAUCGGGCCCAUUGAAGGAACAUUCGGGCACUUGGCGCCAGAGUAUUAUUUGCAUGGGAUAGUGGACGAGAAGACGGAUGUGUUCGCGUUUGGAGUGUUCCUCUUAGAGCUCAUCUCCGGCAAGAAACCUGUCGAUGGGUCUCACCUCAGCCUUCACAGCUGGGCGAAGCCAAUCCUAAAGAGAGGGGAAGUGGAGGAGGUGGUGGAUGGAAGGCUGGAAGGAGACUACGAUGGAACAGAGUUGAGACAACUUGCAUUUGCCGCUUCCCUCUGCAUUAGAGCUUCCCCAGCCUGGCGCCCCACCAUGGCCGAGGUGUUGAAGGCCAUGGUAGAUGUGGAGGAGAUGGGGAAUGAGAGGUGGAAGUUGCCAGAAGGUGAAGAGCAGCAAGAUGAGUUUUGGGGGUUUGAAGAUCUUGAAUGUGACGAUGAUGAUGACGAUACUGAUUCCUUUUCUGCUUCUAAUUCUGUUUCCCCACAGGAUUCCUUCUCUAUGAUUUCCACUACCAUCACUCCUACUGUAAAUGCUACCAAUGUUACCACUCCAACCUCAAUAAUUCCUUCUUAAUUCCCAGCUGCUAGAGAGACCACCUAUAUUUUGUAGUAAGUGUACAGUUUUUGUAUCUUCACCCCCUCCUCCUACAUCUUUGUAUUUUCAUUAUUCUCUUCUUCUUCUUCAAUGAACUAUUGUAUUGUAGUCGUAUCACAAAUAUAUAAAGUGAAGUGCAACUUUAUAGUGAAUUAGAAAUUCAGAUCCUUGUAAACUCUUUCUUUUUAAUAUUAGACACU